UGCAAAUCCUCCUAAUCCGCCGGCGGCUCCGUGGGUCUGUGUCCAGUGGCAGCCUGAGACCUCGCCGCUCCCUCCCACGCACCCACCCACGGAGCCCAGCCGCCUCGCCCAUGGGGAACAGCCGGAGCGGGGCCCUGUCCCGGGAGAUCCUGGAGGAGCUGCAGGUGAGCACGCAGUUCACGCAGGAGGAGCUGUGCGCCUGGUACCAGUCCUUCCUCAGGGAGUGCCCGGGCGGCCGCAUCACGCGCCAGCAGUUCCAGGGCAUCUACGCCAAGUUCUUCCCGGACGCCGACCCCAAGGCCUACGCGGAGCACGUGUUCCGCAGCUUCGACGCCAACAGCGACGGCACCCUGGACUUCAAGGAGUACGUGGUCGCCCUGCACAUGACCACGGCCGGCCGGCCCAGCCAGAAGCUGGAGUGGGCCUUCUCGCUCUACGAUGUGGACGGCAACGGGGCCAUCAGCAAGAGCGAAGUGCUGGAGAUCGUCAUGGCGAUAUUCAAGAUGAUCAAUCCCGAGGACGCCAAGCACCUGCCAGAGGACGAGAACACCCCUGAGAAGCGAGCCGACAAGAUCUGGGGCUUCUUUGGAAAGAAGGAUGACGAUAAACUUACAGAGGAGGAGUUCAUCGAGGGGACCUUGGCCAACAAGGAAAUUCUGCGGCUGAUCCAGUUUGAGCCUCAGAAAGUGAAGGAAAGGUUAAAGGAAAAGGAAAAGGACCCCUGAUGCCAACUGCUCAGCUCUCCUGCCUCCCCUUACCACUCACAUAAGCACACGAAUACACAUGCGUGCGCACACACACGCACGCGUGCUCACAAACACACCCCAGCGGCCAAGAGAGAGGCCGCCAAACCCACAGCACAGCUCCCCGCCAAAUGGAAGUGUCUUUAGCAUCUGCUGGUUCCUCCUUCCCUGUCUUUAGAGCCCCUCCCAUGACGCCGCCUCCCCUCCCCUGCCCACCAGCCAGGCCUCCCAUGAUAAUCCCAGGAUUAGGUCACAAGAGUCCUAAAUAUUACCCCUGUGUAAGCUCCUUUGUGGAUUGCUGGGUAAGCAGGUUCUAAUAAAUGCAAGAGUUGCUGGACACAC